UUUGCUGCGAGAUUUGCAAGCACGUGAAGACGUCCGGUAAAGGGAAAUCUCGUCUUUUUGACAAAACGCUUGUGGGUGUGUUUGGCUCUUUACUAGGAUAAGUAUCGCCUUGGAUAAGUAUCGAUAAUUUUUCAACAUACCUAGUCAAUUCCCCCAAAGGCGUAAACAAAUAUUUUAAUUUUCCCAGAUUUACAAGAGAAUACGAUAUUUCUUUGUUAAGAAACUCGUAAUGGAAAAUACUACCCACCCUGCAACAAUUGUGUCCCGAAGGAAAAGUACGGUAUGGACACGGGAGAAAAUUACACAAUUGAUCGAAUUGUAUCGACAACAUGACUGUUUGUGGAACCAUUAUACUGAGGCAUACAAAAAUAAAGAAAAACGAACAAAAGCUAUUGAAAAUAUAUGUUCAACCCUACGCAUUACAAAAAUGGAUUUUGGUAAGAAGAUCCAUAACUUGCGUAAUCAAUUCAAUUCAGAGAUGAAAAAGCUUGAGAGAAGGGUCGAGGAAACUGGAGACGACAAAGAAUCGAACGCAGCAAGUUGCCGAUGGAAACAUUUUCAAGCACUAAGAUUCCUUCGGGAUAUUAUUGAACCACGUCCAGGUGGAUACCAAUCUAAAAUGCGCAAAAUCGAUCCCAAUCUAAAGUACGACAAUACCAGUGAAGAUGAAAUUGAACAGCAAAAUUUAAAGCCCACAAUUGCACCAAAUUCCAACGAUACAUUAGAGCAAAUUACACGGUAUCAUUUGGAAGAAGCGACUAUAGUUGAUCAUUAUGAAGAACGUACGACUGACCAAGGAUCCACAGACAGAACUAUAAGUAGCAAUGUCAAACAAAGUGAAACUCCUUCAACGCUAGUAAUUAGUAAUGAAAGAAACAGUGUGAACUCAUCCCCACAAACAAACCCACGGGUUCCAAACGUGUGUCUUAUAGAUCAAAAUAAGGCUAUUAAAAAUCUGGUUAAAAAAGCACCCUUCCAACAAAUAUCUCAAUGUGAGGAAAUAGUUAUUGAAGAAUUGCAUCAUGACCAAGUCUCACGCUGCUGCCACAUGGCUAAGGGAGAUCAAUGUGGACAAAUACCUUCGGAGAUAAAAAGUAAAAAAAAAGGUUUAGAUGAAAGUUGCAUGAUUCUCAGAUCGCGUGAUCAGUGGGAUGCUUUUGGUGAAUUAAUUGCUACAGAAUUCCGACAUCUCAAUUCAGAUUUUUCACGGAGAAAACUUAAACGUAAGAUAAUGCAGGCUAUGCUAGAAAUUAGCGAAGAAGAUGAUGCAGAUUUUACAUAAUUUAUAAA